GCGGGUCCCGGGAGCGCGCGCGCGCAGGGCGCCGGGUUACCUGAGGCGGCGGGUGACGGGAGCGCGCCGCCGGCCCUGAGGCGGCUUGUGGAGGAGGACGCGCCGCAGACGGACGGACGGAGGGACGGACGGGCCGGGCCCCCGGGUCCGGAGCAAGCUUGGCAGACGUCGUCCUCCAUGUCAGGGGAAACCCAGACCCCUUGGAAAGUGAAGCUGCCCGGCCUGGUGGAAAGAGUGUGGGGCUGGGAGUCAGAGGACCUGGGUUCGAAUUCCCGUUUUGCCACUUGGUUCCUGUAUAACCUUGGGUCAUCUUACUUGAAAAUGGUGACACUAAUUCGCACCAUCACAGAUCAUGGGGAUGAUGUCAACCACUGUGCCUUCUCCUCUUCCUUAUUGGCAACCUGCUCUUUGGAUAAAACAAUUCGGCUUUAUUCGUUAAUCGAUUUUGCUGAGUUGCCUUAUUCGCCACUGAAGGGCCAUACUUAUGCCGUCCACUGCUGCCGUUUCUCUCCGUCGGGACAUAUCUUAGCUUCGUGUUCUACAGAUGGCACAACUGUGUUAUGGAGUAGUCACAACGGACAAACUCUGGCAAUAAUGGAGCAGCCUAGUGCCAGUCCUGUAAGAAUUUGCUGCUUCUCCCCAGACUCUACUUGCUUGGUUUCAGGGGGAGCUGAUGGUACCGUAGUGUUGUGGAAUACACAGACAUACAAAUUACAGAGAUCUGGUAGUGUUAAAGAUGGUUCCUUGGUGGCCUGUGCAUUUUCUCCUAAUGGAAACCUCUUUGUAACGGGAUCAUCAUGUGGAGAUUUAACAGUUUGGGAUGACAAAAUGAGGUGCUUAUAUAGUGAAAAAGCACAUGAUCUUGGAAUCACCUGCUGUGAUUUUUCUUCACAGCCAGUUUCUGAUGGAGAUCAAGGCCCCAACUUUUUCCGGAUGGCAUCAUGUGGUCAGGACUGCCAGAUUAAGCUUUGGGUUAUUUCAUUCACCGAUUUCUUAGGUUUUGAAUUAAAAUAUAAAUGCACGCUGAGUGGACACACAGCUCCAGUGCUCUCCUGUGCUUUUUCUUAUGACGGACGAAUGUUGGUCUCUGGGUCUGUGGACAAGUCUGUUAUAGUAUAUGAAGCUAACACUGGGAGCAUACUUCACACUUUGACACAGCAUACCAGGUAUGUUACGACUUGCGCAUUUGCACCCAACAUUCUUUUACUUGCUACUGGGUCAAUGGACAAAACAGUGAACAUCUGGCAAUUUGAGCAGAAAGUGCACUGUCAAGGAUGUAAACCCCAAGAAGAACCUAAGCAAUUUAUUGAAAACUGGUCAGAGGAAGAAGUUUCAGUGUGGCUUUGUGCGCAAGGCUUGAAAGACCUUGUUGGAGUUUUCAAGAUGAACAACAUUGAUGGGAAAGAAUUGUUGAGUCUUACAAAAGAAAGUCUAACAAAUGAUUUAAAAAUUGAAUCUCUAGGUCUUCGGAGUAAAAUUUUGAGGAAAAUCGAAGAACUGAAUAUAAAGAUGGAUUCCCUUUCUUCUGGCAUUCCAGAUGAAUUCCUGUGUCCUAUAACUAGGGAACUUAUGAAAGAUCCCGUCAUUGCAGCAGAUGGCUAUUCCUAUGAAAAAGAAGCAAUGGAAAACUGGUUUAGAAAAAAGAAACGUACAAGUCCCAUGACCAAUCUUGUUCUUCCAUCACUAAUACUCACACCAAACAGGACUCUGAAAAUGGCCAUCAAUCGCUGGCUAGAGACUCAGAAAUAAGAUAGUGUAGAUAUCAUCAACCUUUGAGGUAAGCAAAUCUCUCGAUUUCAGGAAUUUAAUGUUAGAGCUUUUAAUGCUUAAAGGGAUUGUCAGAUUCCAGGUUUAACCCUUUUUAAUAUUGGUAUUUUAAGUAUGUAACUGUUUUUGUACAAGUGGAAAAAUAAGCUAACAU